ACGUAUGUAAAGCAUCUAAUUGUUUAGUUGUAAGAACUGUUUGCCAGUUUGCUGCCCUGCUUAUCAAAGCAUCGAUAAACUAUACUAGUUAUGUAUCUAUUUGUUGAAGUUUGUUUAUAGCUACCAUUAAAGUUAAUGUGUUGAAUAUAAAAUUCUACACUAUAUUUAACAAGUAAUGAAUAUCAACGAAAAAAAUUAAAAUGUCUAAAAUCGAAACAAUACCAAUUUUAACUGCGAACUCAGCACGAGAUAUCUUGAAUAAAACCCUAGAAGCACUCCAGUCUGCGGAUAGUUUACAAAAAUUAGAAGAAGCGCGAGAUAAUGUUGGUAACGAAAUGUUAAAAAUGAUGCAAUUUUUAUUUCCAAUUGUGAUGCAAAUACAAAUGGAGAUAAUAAAAGAUUUUGGAUAUCCUGAAGGAAGAGAAGGGAUAAUUAAAUUCUCACAAAUGUUACGAAAUUUGGAACGAGAGGAUAUCGAAAUUGCCAGGCUAAAUGGUCUUGUUAAGUCUUAUUAUUUACCCCCAGUAACUGUUCACACUACAAAUGAGUCACCAGCUGAAGAAAAAGUUAAUAGUAGUUAGCUGCAAUAAGUAUUGUAAGUAAAAUAAAUUAGCACAGUGUUGUUUAGAAUAUGUUUUGGUUUAUCUUCAAUGUACUUAAACACAAACACAUAAUAAAAUAAAUCUUUUUGUAAAUGGA